AUGGUAGUGACUGCCCAUUUCAUUGAUUCUGAGUGGAAGCUACAUAAAAAAAUCAUAGCAUUUAUCCCUGUUACAUCUCACAAAGGGGAAUAUCUUGCAAAGGCCCUAGAAACUUGUUUGCUUGAGUGGGGUCUUAGGAAUGUUUUUACUGUGACUGUGGAUAAUGCCUCAUCUAAUGACACUACUAUGGGGUUUCUUAAGAAAAAAAUAGUGUCUUGGGGAACAUCAACUAUGAACGCUAAAUACAUUCACAUGAGAUGCAUUGCCCAUAUCCUUGACUUAGUUGUUCAAGAUAGCUUAAAGGAGUGUGAUACUUCUGUUAAAAAGGUGAGUGAGGUUGUCAAAUAUGUUUGGAAUUCACCUGCUAGGCUAAAGAAGUUCAGGGACUUGGCUUAUUUGUUAGCAAUUGAGCAAAGGUCUUCUUUGUGUCUAGAUGUUCCAACCAGAUGGAACUCUACUUAUUUGAUGUUACAAUCUGCUUUGACUUAUCAAAAAGUCUUUGAAUCUUGUGAAGAGUCUGAUAGUUCUUUCAAAUCUGACUUGGUUAGGAUUUUUGGAUCUUUAUAUGUGACUGCUAACACAUUUUUCAGUGAAAUUUCUGAUUUGUACUGCCUAUUAAAUGGAAUGGUGGAAGCUGGUGGGGCAACCCCAAGGAUAAAUUAUGAGUAUAUGCAUGUUCAAAUCAAUCAUAUGUAUGGUGAGGAGAAAGGAAAACCAUACUUUGCUAAAGUUCUUACUGGUUUGAAUAAGUUAUUUGAUGAUUAUUCUGCUGGCCAAUCUAUCCCUGCUUCUUCUGUGUCUGCAUCUGCUGGUAGUGCUAGUUUUGUAUCUGCCUCUGUCUAUACAUCUGGGAGAGUAUUGGAUCCUUUUAGGAGUUCAUUAACUCCAAAAAUUGUGGAAGCUUUGGUGUGUACCCAUGAUUGGCUUAGGCAGCCAAAUACUCCCCUAUGUAUUGAAGAAAAUCUGGAAGACUUGGAGAGGUUUGAAAAAGAGUUUAAUGUUGAUGGUGGGAGUGGAAGGACUCUUGGUUCUACACUGGCUACAAUUCCUGUAAUGUUAUUCUUUACACUUUACAUUACUUGA